AUGGCAAUCGAACUACCUCGCGUUAAUCUAGACGAGCCGCGCUACGACCAAAGUACCUACCUUAAUCGUGCCAAGCAUUUCCUUAUCGUGACCAAUCCGUUGAAUGUGUUCGCCACCGAGGAGCAACUGGACCGGGCCGCCCGAAUUGUGCGCGACUAUCGCGCCGGUAAACCCGUUCCAGAUGUCAGCAGUGUCGAUGAGCUAUGGAGCGCCAAAUAUCUGUACGACAGUGCGUUCCAUCCGGAUACGGGUGAGAAGAUGUUGCUCGUCGGCCGCAUGUCCGCACAGGUCCCAAUGAACAUGACCAUCACUGGAUGCAUGAUGACGUUCUACAAGUCGACGCCCGCCGUCAUCUUCUGGCAGUGGUUCAACCAGUCGUUCAAUGCCGUGGUCAACUACACGAACCGUUCCGGUGCGUCGCCCAUUAGCCAGGAGCAGCUGCUGACCUCGUACUGCAUGGCAACAGGUGGCGCCCUAGUGACUGCACUUUCGCUGAAUCGUCUCGUACGGAAUGCUCCCCCGCUUGUAGGACGUCUCGUACCGCUUGCCGCUGUAGCCGCAGCCAAUUGCAUUAACAUUCCGCUGAUGCGCAUACAAGAAAUCAAAAACGGCGUCACGCUGCUGGAUAAGGACGGCAAUGAACUGGGUCAAUCGGUUCGAGCAGCAACGGAAGGAAUAUCCGCAGUCACUUUCAGUCGUAUCUUGAUGGCAAUGCCUGGAAUGGUUUUCACCCCGGUGCUGAUGAACACGUUGGAAAAACGAGGUUUCCUGCGACGGUUCCCGUGGGCGAAUGCUCCCAUACAGACACUGUUCUGCGGUUUAUGUCUCACGUUCGCGACGCCACUUUGCUGUGCGCUGUUCAGUCAAAAGGCUUCGAUUAAUGUGGCCAGUCUCGAGCAGGAUAUGCGUGAGAAGCUACGCAAAGAACGUCCCGAACUUGAUGUCGUGUACUACAACAAGGGUCUGUAA